CCCAGCUUGAAACCGCAUUUUCAUUACUCCAGAAACCCUAUCUCUAAUCAUACACCGUACAUGAAACACCUGGUUAAUACACGCACACGAAAAGAUCCCGGAAAGCACCUUUAUCAACUAAGCCCUUAAAUGAAAACCCCCUACCACAUUCCACUCCCCAAGUCCCUCAACCCACUGAUCCAGCUCCGUGAUAGCACUACCAGUCAAAAGUCAACAACUCGAGGCAAUAAUCACAACCGCACAAUCUCCAUACUCACGCCCAUCUCCAGUUAUAUACGUCCUCCCAGCAACUUUAUGCCCAUGUCUGUGAUUUCUCUCCAUUUGAUUCGAUUUCUCAGUCAUCCACCCUCCUCAAAAGAUUCAUGUAUCCUGGAUGGGCAGCAAGACUUCACUGGUAAUACCGCUGUCAAUGCGUUUUAUCUUGAUGUAUCCGUCAUUGUGAUCACCACCACUCUCUGCUUUGACAGUGACAGUAAUAUCUGUAAAAUCAGAACUCUCGGUAGGCCUGCAGACCUCGAUGGUAGAACUGUCACAAUAUGCAUGGCCGUAGCCAGGGUCCCGGGGGUAAUCAGACAGAGCCACAGCGUGUGUACGAGCUACGCUGAUAAUAGACGGGUAUCACGGUCGAAGCUGCCACCAUCAGCUUUUCUCAGAAGCUUUAGAGCGGGCUGCUCCUGGCUUUGGUGAUACUCCCAGGUACACUUUUCAACGUUCUACUGCAGC